AUGGGACAGACUCAAAAGACACCUCAGCAGCACAAUUCUACCCUCUACAUUUCGCCCAUGCUCAAUCGAAGAAAAGAGGUUUUCAAAACACCACCCAAUCCAGCAUCAAAACAACCAAAAUUAUUUGACUCCCCCAGCUCUUCCAACAAAUCACUGUUUUUCAAUUUAGAUAGAUCAUCACACAAUCUAACAGUACAAAGCAAAAGUGACGAUUCCUUGGCCGGUGCAGAUAUAUUAACGCCGAUUGACAGAUUGCGUUUAUGGAGACACGAUGCAAUUACGCAACAUCAAUACAAAACGGCAGAGUUUCUAAGUGACAAGAUUCUAGAUAUAACCCACGAUUCCAAUGAUGCAUUUUGGUUAGCUCAAGUCUACUUCAACCAGGGAAACUAUCUACGAUGUAAGGAUUUGGUGUUGUGUAACGAAGAGUUUGCUAAAAGUAUCAUUUGCCGAUACUUGGCAGGAUACAGUUUGAUCAAGUUGGAGUUGUGGGAUGAGGCUUUAGAAGUAAUUGGAGAAACGAAUCCAUUUGAUAAAGAUGACCGAAUGAAGAAUGAUGACGGAGGGGUCAAAUUAGAGGCAUCGAUGUGCUAUUUGCGUGGCAUGAUUUAUAGUGCACAAAGCAAUCUUGAGAAGGCCAAAGAAUGUUAUAAAGAAGCAUUGAAAGUGGAUGUUAAAUGUUAUGAAGCGUUUGAUGAAUUGAUCUCCAAUAACCUCAUGACGCCGAGUGAAGAAUGGGAUUUUAUCACCAGUGAGUUAAAUUAUCAUGAAGUAGAUAGUAAUGAUGAUUUGAUUAGAUUACUUUACACAACCAAGUUGAGUAAAUACUUGAACCAAGACAAGUUCAAUGAGGCGGAACAUAUACUCAAAGAGGAAUAUGAUUUGAGUGACAACUGUGAUUUAAUGUUGAGUCAAACCGAUCAACUUUAUGUUCAAAGCAAUUUUGAUGCAUGUUUGAAUCUUUGUGAAAAAAUACUUGAAAAGGAUCAGUACAACUUUGAUGUGUUACCUAAUUACCUCAGUUGCUUAUAUGAAUUGGGUGGAAGAAACAAGCUUUUUUACAAGAGCCAUCAACUUGCCGAAUUUCAUCCAUCAAGCCCCAUGACUUGGUUAGCCAUUGGAACCUAUAACCUUUCCAUAAACAAAAUCAGCGAAGCACGAAAAUUUUUUAGCAAGGCAACUGUGCUCAACCCCAACUUUGGACAAGCUUGGAUUGGGUUUGCACAUACGUUUGCCGCUGAGGGGGAAUAUGAACUGGCCAUCAAUGCUUACGCUUAUGCUGCUCGAUUAUUCCCUGGGAGCCACUUGCCCAUGUUAUUCCUUGGCAGCACUAAUGUCAAGCUUGGCAACCUCAACCUAGCUGAAGAGUAUCUCAAAAAUGCCUACCAUUUCAAUCAGCAUUGUGAACUCACAUUGAAUGAGUUAGGGGUUCUCUAUUUUCACAAGAACAACCUAGUAUCAGCUGAAUGGUAUUUGAACGCAGCUUUGAAGAUUGCAAAUCGCAGUUCAAAGACUUGGAUAUCAAUAAUGACCAAUUUGGGCCACGUAUUGAGAAAACAGGGAAAGUUGUUAUCGGCGCUUUCUGUAUUCCAAGAAAUUUAUGGUAACGAUGCCAACAUUGCUUCCACUAUUGGUCUUAUUCACAUGAAGUUGGGCGAGUUUGCUGAAGCGAUUGAAAACUUGCAUAAUGCACUUGCUAUUGAACCUACCAAUCAAAUUGCCAAGGACUUGUUAGACAGAGCCUUGAGAGAGGCUAUAACAUCGGGAUAA